UCCUAGGCCUUCUACUAGCCUUUCUUUCUGCCACUUCCAUCUGCUGAAGUCAUCUCACUAGUUGCGGGCGAGCACCUGAAAUGGCGUUGCCAGCAGAAGGCCCGAAAGCUGGGGUAGACCAUCCUGAGAAGGAAGUGCAGUUUUUGACAUCUGAUCCCAUCGACAUUGGGAAACCUGCGUCCGAUGCCGCGUUGACGGAGAGCCAUUUGAUGCUCGUGAAAGCGUUCUAUCAUGCCGAGAAGCCUGCCUUGCCCGCUCCUUCGGCCGGGACGUGCGAUGACUUAGCAUGUUUCGACUGGUGCCCUUCUUCGCCCACUUCCGCGCUCACCCAUUCCUUGCCGUCGCUAUUUCCACCCUCAUCUCCUCACGGAUGCUUCUCGGAUUUCGAAGGAGACAUGGUGACAGAAACGAGAGUCCCCGACGCGGCUCUCGGAAACGAACCCCUGUGGCGCGCCAAUGCGGGCGAGUUGCUGCUGUCGCAACGGAACCUAACACCUCCCGAAGCUGCCCGCGUCUCAGAAACUACUACGAAUUCCUUGGCGUCCCGCAAGCGCCGGUUCUCUGGUACCACCGACUCCGUGAGCAGCUUCAUUUGCUGCGACGGCGAGCGCGCACUGCCGCACGGAGAUGCUGCACCCGCCCACUGCCGCACCAUUCAAGGCGCGGCACCCGAGAGUUGCGGGGCGUGCAUGGAAUGCACAGAAGGCGGGACCCCGCCGCCGUUGUCAGCGGCGUGCACUCGGAGGGCGGACGACGUGGAGCACGCAAAUCCUGUCGCGCACCCACCCAACAGCAGGGGUACAAGUGUCGCAACCAUUGCGAUGCUUCCCAGCGUACCUAUCAUCGGCAGCUCGACAAACUGCCGCCCGCGGCCGCUCCCCGCGUCCAUGCGGCUGACCAUGGCGGACAUCAAGCGCGUCAUCGGGCUCAAGACAGCGCCUCCCACCAAAAAACCACGGAGAGGAGAAGCCACGCUGCCAGUGCAACCUGGUAAGCCGUGCUCGGCGGACACGCACGCGCAGUCAUCGCAUCACGCGCCACCGCAUCUUCCGCACCGCACGCGUACCAGCCUUCCCCGAUCUCAUCGCUCUGCCAGCAUCCCCGUGCCCUUGAUUCGAACACAGCACGAGCCUUCUCGCUGCCUGCCAGGUGUUGCCGCAAUGCCCAGCCAUAACAUCCGCGCGCCGCAUAUGUCUCCCACGGCGUCCCCGCAGACUCCGUCCCCAUUGGCGGCGGAACCGGCGGUCGUCCCGUGUCACUACGACGAGGUGGAAACCAACGGCCACUCGUGUUCUCCCUGCGACUGCCCGCUGCCCGACUCCAUGCCCCCUGCAUCCUUCCUUCCAUCUCUGGCCGCAGCCUCGCCCGUGUCAGCGACCGAGGCUGUGGCUGGUCCACACUGGGCGAGGUUCGGUGCACGGAGUGGCGGCAGCAGCAGCAGCCUGGACUUAAGGCCUGUACCUCCCCCGUCCUCCAACCCGUUGCCCAUGGCAUACGAUGAACGAUUCCGCCACUCUGCCCCAGUAUUGCCUCCUUACCCUGGCCCAUUCGCCAUACACAUGGGCGUAGGCGCGGGUAUGGGCCUUGGGCUACAAAUGGGAGCAGUUGGGCUCGAGUGCGGGAGUUGCGAGGAGGAAGGGUGCACCUGUGGUGCGGGUAAGACCUGGGAUGGGAAAGAGAUAGAACCAGCGCAGAUCCCAGUCCCGUGGCUGUCGACGCCAGGAGCAGCACUGAGCACUGGGGUUCUCCCGUGGCUCUCGAUGCCCCCUUGCCAUGUUCAGCCCCUGCAGUGGCAGCAGAACCAACGUCUCGAGCAGCAAGCAGUGGACGCCUACCCUUUGCCUCUUCCAAGUAUGAGCAGUGCAUUACCGUGGGAUUUAAACGUGCAUGCUGGUGUUGCUGGAUACUCAAUGGAGCGGGUCGUGUGGCAGGACAAAGAACAUGGUGCUGCAGAGUUUACACACCCAACUGUGCUUAGUCUCGACAGCAUGGCUGCAAGGGGUCAGGAGACAAGGGGUGGAGAAGGCCUACAACACCGGGCCACGGAGCACGACACUGCUGCUAAGGGUGAUCGUGCGAGCUCAGACGAUGAGAAGGAAGUCAAAAGAAAGGAGUCUAAUCGAGAAUCUGCUCGACGGAGUCGCGUGCGCAGACAGGAGAUGAUGGAUCGGCUGAAUGGAGAGGCUCGACAGCUCCAGCAGACCAACAGAAGUAUAUCCGAGCAAGCAUCAAAAGCAGAGGAGGAGCUGAAAGCUCUUAAAGCAGUCCAACAAAGGCUCAAGGACGAAUGUGCAGAAGUGAGGAAGCAGCUUGAUGCAGCCGGCAUCAACCAAGACGAGGCCUGGACCAGUGUUUGUUGAAAAUGUGUGAUUCCUGCGCCUUUGGUUGCACUCUAUCAGAAUCAGGUGACUGCAGCACAAGUGAGUCACACAAUUGCUGUUCAGAUCGAUAGUGUGAGCCUGAUCCAACGUGGUUUCUCCAAUCCAUGGUUGUAGGAGCAUAAGCUUACCAUUUUAUGAGAAGUCAGUGCAAUGGGUUAUGGUGUGCCUGCUUUGAUGGUUUUGCUGCGUGUU